AUGCACCACCGAUCGUCAGCUCGCUCGCAGGCGUCUUCUGAGAAGGCGCAAACCCUCAGUACGCAGAUGCUGAAUGAGACGGCCGAGGCGAAGUUGCCUGAGCUUCGUGAGUCCCUCCAGCUACCACUUACCGCGCACAACCGCUUACUGACUAUGCCAGGCGCACCCAACCACGCUAAGUCUGCUCGCUCAUUCAGCCCGCACGAUGAGCCCCCGCCAGCUGUCGGCCGCAUGGUGCAGCCAUCGCACGGUCACCCGGACCCCACGGACAUGGAGUCGAGAAGCCCAGCUGGCGACCACUCAGCGACCCCACCGACCACGCUGCCCGCAACACUGGAUGCGGUGAACACCCAACAGCAGCAGUCGAUGGGAGCCGGCCACGCGCAAGACACGACGGUCUUUGUGCCCUAUUCCAACCCCGCCGCCGGCGAGGGAAAUUCGGUACGUAAUGCCGGGGUUUGGCGACUCCAUUCACCUCCUGACAAUCUUCAGAACGCGAGUGCAGACCACGAUAACGAUCGUGAUGGGGCAAGCUCCGAGCCAUCAGCUACUGCUGUGCACAACGGAGUCCCGCCCCCGACGAGCAUCCCGGCCACCACGAGCGCGUCCUUGCCGUCAUCAGCGCCAUAUGCCACGGUCCUCCCAAAGAACGUCCACGACGUAACCGAAGACUUUAACGGGUAUGGAAGCUUGAGCGCGGAAGAUAUCCUUUACGACACGGAUGCUUCGGGGAACCACACCGUACCAGAAGACCACAUCUAUGGUGGCAUCUUCCUGAAGGUGUUGGCGGAAUACGACCUGUCCGAGAUCACGGAGGCGAUUAAUAUGAAGAAGGUCGCCGUUGGCAAGCGCAAAAUUCAGAAGAACUCGAUUACGAAGCGCAAGUCUGCCGCUCUGGCUGCUAAGGCCGCGGCGGACGCCGCUCGUGACGGCACCCAGCUCAAUGUAUACGAUGCCCUCGUGGCUUCGGACGUCGCCGCUGGGAAGAGCUUGGAAGUUGCGCAAGCUUCCCGCAAGCAGAAAUCGACGGAGAAUCGAAAUGGGACUUACGGCACCGGGAAGCGCCCAGUCUCAAGUUCGGGAGCCUGGAGUCGGCCCAAGCGAAAGCAACCCACUCAAGACACGCCCGAUGACCAGGAGGAAGAGGAUGUCGGCAUGCCAGCGAAGAAGAGAGUCAAGCGCACGCGUCUCGCGACCAACGAACCCGCCACCCAAAUCCUGCCAACCGGUGAUUCGGAUGUUCUCAGAUUCGAGCUUGGCUACGGCGUACCAGUCAACCCAGCGAGCAUGAGCGACACGUUCACGGAGAUCUUCAACAGCUCGGCCAUGGUCAGUGUUGCGCAAGGUACUACCCCAUUCGACAUCGAGCAAGAUGAGGAAGAAUCGCCGGACCUGCGCAUCGAUCCCAUUGCUCAGGAGCUCGCAUCAAGCGACUUCGAAUCCCUUGAUGGACUGCCUUCGUUCAUCCCAUCAUCAGAAGAUUUCGCAUUCCAGCCAGGUGAGACAGAGGCGUGGCUGUGGGUCCCAUCAGUCUGGGGAAACCCCUAUGCAGCACUCUAUUGA